AGCCGAGCGAGAUAAAACUGGCAAAUAGACACAAGCAAGAAGUGGGCAAACAACAACUACCAAAGUGUUAAAGCCGUUGUCAGAAGAAACUUUGAACGCUGCUAUUCGAAUCGUUUACGACCGCUACCUCUACGUUGAGUGUUUUCUUCUUCUUUUUAUUUUUUUUUUCUCUGGGAUCAUUGAACUCUCAAAGGCAGCUGAAUGUAUAGCAUGAUGGAAACCGAAUUAAAGAGCCCUCACCCGCAGUCCAACACGGGGUCGGCGGCGGGCGCAAAAAACAACAGUGCCAACGACCAGGAGCGGGUGAAGCGGCCCAUGAAUGCCUUCAUGGUUUGGUCUCGGGGCCAGCGGAGAAAAAUGGCCCAAGAGAAUCCCAAAAUGCACAACUCGGAGAUCAGCAAACGCUUGGGUGCUGACUGGAAACUCUUGACCGAUGCGGAGAAGCGACCCUUCAUCGACGAGGCCAAACGUCUGCGAGCCAUGCACAUGAAGGAGCACCCGGAUUAUAAAUAUCGACCCCGCAGAAAGACCAAGACCUUGCUGAAGAAAGACAAGUACUCCUUACCCGGAGGACUCCUGGCGCCAGGUGCCAACACUGUCAACAAUGCCGUUUCGGUUGGACAGCGGAUGGACAGUUAUACGCACAUGAACGGUUGGACCAACAGUGCCUACUCUCUGAUGCAGGACCAGCUGGGCUACCCGCAGCAUCCCAGCAUGAACAGCCCGCAGAUCCAGCAGAUGCACCGUUACGAGAUGGCAGGGCUCCAGUACCCCAUGAUGUCCACCGCACAGACCUACAUGAACGCCGCGUCCACCUACAGCAUGUCCCCAGCCUACACGCAGCAGACCACCAGCGCUAUGGGGUUGGGUACCAUGGCGUCCGUGUGCAAGACCGAACCCAGCUCACCGCCACCGGCCAUAACAUCCCACUCCCAAAGAGCGUGUUUGGGGGACCUGAGGGAUAUGAUAAGCAUGUAUCUUCCUCCUGGGGGAGACGGCGCGGAUCACUCAACUCUGCAGAGUAGUCGGUUACACAGCGUGCAUCAACAUUAUCAGAGCGCCGGAACCGGCGUGAACGGAACGCUACCCCUCACUCACAUUUGAAAAAAGACUUCACUUUUAAGUACUUGGGAUACUUGAACACUUUGAACUCUAAAACAAUUCGGAGGUUUUGACAGUUUUUUUUUUCAGCAAUGAAUGCGGUUGUUUUUCAUCUCAAAUUGAGCGGUUUGUUUUCCAUCGGCAUAUCCUGGACAGGGACUCAAUGUUUAGCCCAGCAAAAUUGUUUGUAAUGCAGAGGCUUUAUCUUCAGCACACGAGCAAUCGACGUAUGUCGAAGAAUUUGACUUCAACAACAAAAAAAUCUUAUAUUUUGACAGCGAAAAAGGGCAUGUGGCUUCAUUAAGGAGGCUUUUUCAGUCUACCUGGAGGGAAAUACACUCACACGUAAAUGUUUACACUUAAUUUGUAGUAUGAAAGUUUGUGCCGGCUAUGUCCAAAUUUGUGUAGAGUUUUUUAUUUUCAUGAACUAGCUUUUAAUGAUACGACUGACUGUGCUGGUCGCAAGCGCAAGUUUAUUUAUAGUGAGUUGUGUCUAUUUUCUUUAUCAAGCUUGUGAACCUCUGUCU